AUGCCUCUGCCCGGCGGUACUUUGGAUAUCUGCUCUUUAAGUCUGGCAUCUGCCAAGUCCUCCGUUGUUGCCAUGACCUUCCUCAGAAGUGCCACUCUGGCACUUGCAGCGCUUCUUCCAUUGAGCAGUGCAGUGCCGACCGCCCGGGCUGACAAUGGCGGCUGGGAUGCAGCCCAUACAAAGGCUGCUACAGCGUUGGCCAAACUGUCCCUUCAGGAUAAGGUGAAGAUGGUUACAGGCGAGGGAUGGGAGAAAGGCCCUUGUGUCGGAACUACAGCAGAAAUCUCCUCCAUUGGCUACCCCCAGCUCUGCUUGCAGGACGGUCCAUUGGGGAUUAGAUUCGCAAAGGGAAUCACCGCUUUCCCUGCUGGCGUACAUGCCGCUUCCACUUGGGAUAUAGACUUGAUCAACGCUCGUGGAAAUGCCCUUGGCACCGAGGCCAAGGCGAUGGGUAUCCAUGUACAGCUUGGUCCUGUUGGGGGCCCGCUCGGGAAAAUCCCACACGGCGGCCGUAACUGGGAGGGCUUCAGUCCAGACCCGUAUCUCACCGGUGUUGCCAUGGCGGAAACAAUCACCGGGAUGCAAAAUGCUGGUGUGCAGGCAUGUGCGAAGCAUUACAUUGGUAAUGAGCAGGAGUUGAACCGCGAAACAAUGAGUUCGACUAUUGCGGACCGCGUUAACCAUGAGCUCUACUUAUGGCCAUUUGCAGAUUCAGUGAAGGCCAAUGUUGCUUCUGUAAUGUGCUCUUACAACAGGCUUAACGGCACGCACGCUUGCGAGUCUGACCUGGCACUCAACGGCCUUCUUAAAGGAGAGUUGGAUUUCCGCGGAUAUGUCGUAAGUGAUUGGAAUGCACAACACACAACCGUCGGCAGUGCCAAAGCUGGUAUGGACAUGUCAAUGCCGGGAGACAACUUUGGCGACAACAAGUACCUAUGGGGUACUGCCCUGACAAAUGCCGUCUCGGGCGGACAGGUUGAUCAAUCAAGGGUAGACGACAUGGUAAAGCGAAUCCUGGCCUCCUGGUAUUAUCUCGGCCAAGACGCUGGCUAUCCAAAGGUCGGAUGGAGUUCAUGGAACGGCGGUGUUGGUGGACCUGACGUCCAGGGUGACCACAAGAUCGUUGCGCGAGACAUUGCACGCGAUGGUAUUGUUCUCUUGAAAAAUGAAAACAACGCUCUCCCACUCAAGAAGCCCGCUUCGCUCGCAAUUAUCGGCAACGACGCCAUCAACAACCCCAACGGUCCAAACGCCUGCGUGGAUCGUGGAUGCGAUGUCGGAACUCUGGCAAUGGGAUGGGGAAGCGGAGCAGCAGAGUUCCCAUAUUUAAUCUCGCCUCUCGAUGCGAUCCAGAAGCAAGCAACAGCUGACGGGACGACCAUCGUCACUUCGACGACUGAUGGCACUUCAGAGGGUGCUGCCGCUGCCGGUAAGGCUAACACGGCAAUAGUCUUCAUCAACGCGGACUCCGGAGAGGGAUAUAUUACAGUUGAAGGCCAAGCCGGGGACCGCGCGAAUCUCGACCCGUGGCAUAACGGCAACGGACUCGUCGAGGCUGUCGCAAACGUCAACAAGAACACUAUCGUCGUUAUCCACAGCGUUGGGCCAUUGAUCCUCGAGAGAAUCUUGGCUCUGCCAAACGUCGUGGCUGUCGUAUGGGCUGGGCUCCCUGGGCAAGAGUCCGGAAAUGGGCUGGUCGAUAUCCUGUACGGCUCUAAGUCGCCGAACGGCAAGCUGCCUUAUACCAUCGCAAAGCAAGCUAGCGACUAUGGUACCUCUGUCAAGAGCGGCGACGAUGAUUUCAGCGAGGGAUUGUACAUCGAUUAUCGCCACUUUGACAAAGCUGGCAUCGAGCCAAGAUAUGAGUUCGGCUUUGGUCUCUCAUACACGACCUUCGAAUACUCCGAUCUUACCACUACGUACAGCGAUAAGACUGGAGGCUCAACUACCACCGCUCCUGGUGGCGCGGAAGGCCUCUAUGAUACCGUCGCGACAGUAACGGCGAAGAUCACGAACUCGGGCACUGUUGAGGGUGCCGAGGUGGCUCAGCUAUACAUUGGUCUUCCGUCGAGCGCUCCUUCGACGCCUGUGCGCCAGCUCCGUGGGUUUUCUAAGAUCAACUUGGCAGCUGGGGAGAGCGGAACGGUUACAUUCAGCCUUAGGAGGAAGGAUCUGAGCUACUGGGACACGGAUGCGCAGAAGUGGGUUACACCCACUGGCGACUUCACUGUUUCGGUUGGCGCGAGCUCGAGGAACCUGGCGUUGAAGGGGACGAUGUAAGGGGUAGUGAGUAAACUUGGUGAAGCAGGGGUGAAGUGAUGGAGGUUUGUAUAUACGAUGAGUCGGUCUUUAUAUAUGGGCUUGAAAAUAG